AUGACCGAUGCGCGAAUCACCGAUGCCCUCAACCGGCUGGUGGAGUUACAUGUUCCGGCCGAAGCAGGUGUCGCGCGUCAACAGCAGAUGGCGGAGCUAUGUAAGAGGAUGUUGGCAAGUCGCAUGCAACCGUCAGUUGUGGCCGAUGUAUCGCAUGUAUCAGACUUGAUCAAGAAGAAGCUGUUGAAGGACAACGAAACGCCCGAAGAUGCGCUGCGCUUUUCCAAUCUCUAUUCCCGUCUUCAGACCUCACCGGUUCUCCACAACAAAUGGGCUAUUCUUUACCUCCUAUACAACCUUUCGAAUAACGCAGAAAUCAAUGCCGCGGAUCCCGAAACGCGCGACAUAAAUGCGGCCUUUUCGUACAUGGGACUACACAAGAUCCCUGAGCGGACUUUGGAUGAUCCGGUGCAAUCAACAUUCUCUUCAACAGCCUCUUCGAGACCAGCACCGACCAAAACAAAGGCGCAGUUACUGGCAGAAUACAGACAGCAAAGAGCGAAAGAUCAUGCGGUACCUAGCGAAAAGACUUUACUGCGGGACAUCCCGUUCACGUUGCAAGGUCUACCGAGUACACACCUUCCAUUUUCGAAAUCAGAUACGCUCAGCUUUCCUGCAAAUUUACCACCACCUCUCAUCUCCCUGUUGCAUUCUCUUGCAGAGCCGGCAUUACUAUACAGACGUCUCAAUGCGUUCGUGAAUGAUGCGGAUAAAGGACAGAAAGGUGGAUUGGUGGGACAGAGUUUCCGUUCGGCGCUGGGAGCCGAGUUAACCAAGUAUCUCGGACUUGUAGCUGCGAUCGAGGGAGAAAUUCGGCGGGAACUAGUGGAUGCCGAGGAGAAUAUGAGUAUUGGAUCAGCACAGGCAGGGAUCACACUGAAACGUUGCGUGGCAUGGACGCGUGAGGCUACGAUGGGAUUGAGAUUAAUGUCGGUCAUGGUUGAGGCGAUUGAACAUCCGGAGCUCAAGGGUGGUGAGCUUAUCUCCGCCAUCCAUAAUUUCGGCACGCAUGGUGAUCCGUUCGUGAACACCUUUGCACAGAGAUUGGUAACGAAGAUCACGUUGCCGUUCUACGAGAUGCUGUGUCGGUGGAUCUACGAUGGUGAGCUUCUGGAUCCUUAUGAAGAAUUCUUUGUCCGAGACGCGGAGCCGAAUCAGCGUGGCGCGGUAUGGAAUGGGAAGUAUGUUCUUCAAACAGCCAUGAUCCCAGGCUUUAUGUCCGAGGCACUUGCGAAGAAAGUUUUUCUAACCGGAAAGAAUCUGAAUUUCCUUCGGUAUCAGUGCGGUGAUGCGGAAUGGGUCGAGAGGCACUCGCGUGAGGCGAGAGCUGCGUCUGAUGGCGGCGAGUAUGGCGAUAUUUCUGGGUCGUCUCUGGAGGCGAGUAUCGAUAAGGCGUAUACUACAACGACGUCGCGGUUGAUGGAUUUGAUGCGGAAUAGGUUCCAUCUCUUCCAUCAUUUGGGGGCGUACAAGCGGUAUUUGUUGCUUGGUCAAGGUGACUUCAUUGCGCUAUUGAUGGAGACGUUGGGAGACUCUUUGGAUAAACCGGCGAUCCUGUUGCAUAGACAUAACCUCACCUCUGCGCUCGAUACUGCGAUCAGAGAGUCGAAUGCGCAAUACGAGGAUGCAGAUGUCCUGCGGCGACUUGAUGCUCGUAUGCUGGAGCUAUCGCAUGGAGAGACCGGUUGGGAUGUCUUCACCCUUGAGUACAAGGUUGAGUCACCAGUCGACGUUGUCGUCACUCCCGAAUGUGCGCGCGGCUACCUCCGUGUCUUCAACUUCUUGUGGAGUAUCAAGCGCGUCGAAUACGCCUUGGCCGCAAUAUGGCGAAAGACGGCAACAGGCGCAAGGGGUGUUCUGAGGGAUAUGAGCCCAAGAAUGAAAGCAGAGUGGAUGAGGGCGCGAUGUCUGGGGGAGGAGAUGGUGCACUUUGUGUGUCAGUUGCAGUACUACAUCCUUUUUGAGGUGCUUGAGAGUUCUUGGGAUACGUUUCAAGCGGAGUGUACGAAGCCUGAUGCUACGCUUGACACCCUUAUUCAGGCACAUGCGACGUAUAUCUCGUCCAUUACGCAGAAGGGUCUCCUCGAUACCAGUCGAUUGGGGAAGGCAAACUCUUUCCUAUCGCAGCUGCAUGAGAUCUUCAAGACCAUUCUGGCUCACAAGGAUGCGAUGGACGCCCUCUACACAGUGGCGGUGAACGAGUUCACGCGUGUCGCUCAAGAGAAAGCAGAAGCUCAAUCCCGAACGGCACGUGGUGAGUGGGGUUACAUCGGUGCCUCUUCCAACCAAUCACAAGAAUCAUCGGAGUUGGACGUUUUGUGCGAGCGCCUGAAUGAUUUGAAAGCGAAUUUCAGCGCAAGACUCCAGGUACUACUGGGUGAUCUGGCAUAUCAGGCAGAUUCUGAGAUGAGGUUCUUGGGGGUGAGGUUGAAUUACAACGAGUUCUAUCAGCUGCCACAGCGGAGAACGAGGACGUCGAGGAAGGACGAGAGUGGCAAAGGCAGGGAAAGGACGACGACUGGCGACGAAGUGAAGGCCACUACAUGAUCACAAAGGUGAAGGAGAACUAGCACGAAGCAGAUAUUUGGGCAGGGAC